AGAACAAAAAUUGCGUAUCUUACAAUCUCCCUUCCUUCCUUCCUUCCUUGGUUUAGGCGAGAAAAAAAAAAUGUCUCAAGCAGCGGAGGAAGACAAGAAGCCCGGCGGCGAUCAAGUUCACAUCAAUCUCAAAGUCAAAAGCCAGGAUGGGAAUGAAGUCUUCUUUAGGAUCAAAAGAAGCACCCAGCUAAAGAAACUCAUGAAUGCAUAUUGUGACCGGCAGUCCGUGGAUUUUAAUUCAAUUGCAUUCUUGUUUGAUGGUCGUCGGCUUCGAGGAGAGCAGACUCCAGAUGAGCUGGAGAUGGAGGACGGCGAUGAAAUUGAUGCAAUGUUGCAUCAAACUGGAGGCUCAACUGUUUGAGGGCAUCUCUUUUGUUUAUGGACAGAGACUGUGUUUCUAGGUGGUAGACUUUAAUGAAUAUAGCUUGUGCUACUUUAGGACCUGUAUAAGCAUAUAUAUGAACUUCGUGGUUUUGCCUGUGUUUGACCAGUUUGUAUGAACUUAGCUACUUAUUACUUUUACAAGAAGAUCUCCAGUUGCUUCUUGUCGUGAAAUUGAAGUGUUGAUUGUUCUACCUAUAA